ACCCCCCGGUCUUCUAAACCUCUCUAUCUCUCUCCUCUUUAUGUCCCGUCCGUCCCGUCCCAUUCUGAUUCCUUUCCCUCUCCCACUUCCUCGCACUUUCUAGUCCCUAAUCGGUUUCAUUCGUUUCCCACUCUCAAUUUUCUCUCCCGAUCAUGGUUUUCUGGGCGAGAGUUCUUUUUCCUUCAUGUAAGGAAACGAGAAUUCUCUAUGAAUCUUGAAUUCCGUUUUUUUCUGCCGUCGCCAUGAAGUCCUUUUCCCAUUUCUUAUCGUCUUUCUCCUCAAACCCUAUUUUCUCGUGCAUUGUUAGUCUUUACGCUCUGAUUCUACUCUAUCUCCCCCACCUUUUCCUGAGAAUCAUUUUCUCCCCGGUGCUAAACGCGACUGGAAUUCUGUUCUUCGCUUUACUCCGACUCGGUGCAAUUCAGAGAUUGGAAGAUGAGAUCACUGAUAACUCUUGCCAGUUCCAAACGAGCCGGGAGGCCGGCGAAAACGCGGAAAGCAAAGAGAACGGGGAAAGCGAUUCCUUUGAGCCAGUAAAAACGGAGUUUCCAGAAGAAGACAUUGGUGUCGCAUCCCAAUCGGAAACCGACUCCGAAUCCGAUUCCAGUUUCAAUCCCACCCCAUGCUUCGAGGACUCCUUCGUCGAAUGGGAUGUGAAGGCACCGUUGGAGGUCAUAUACGAAGAAUACGAAGGUGAUGAAGCAGAAGAGGAUCCGAAUCCGAGCGAGAAGUAUCCAAACCCGAACGAGGGGGAAGGGACCAAAAAUAUGAGCCAUGAGAGGCACCCUUCACUUUCAAUGUAUUACCCGGAAUCAGACUCGGAUGACUCAUCCGACGGCGAUUUUAGCAAUUUUCCGCCGAUGGGAGAGUGGUACUCCCCGGAGAACCGGUGUCUCACUUGGAACGAGGAGGACAGAGAGGGUCUAAUAGAGAUUGCCUUGGAUGGGAAUAAGAGAGGGCAUGAUUUUCAUGUCGAGGAAGAGAACUUGAUUGAGAUUGAUAUUUCUCCGAUGAGAAACGAGGAAUUUCCCGGCUAGAAAUUGAAGUUUCCCGGCGAGGUUAGGAUCAGUUGAUGCGGAUGUUUUGGAUUUGUUAAUACUUGGGUUUACCGUUGUGUAAUAGUCAAUGAGGAAGUUUAAUUUAGGCUUUAGCACUAAAUCCAAAGAUUUAAAUGCUUUGGUGGGAAUGACUAAUUUGCCCUCGUUUUAUUUUUCUGCGCAACACGUGGCAGAGGCUUACGAAAAUAUUGAUGAACCGAAGGUCCGAACGGGCAUGUUUUAUGAACAAUGGAGCGAUGGAGACUUGACUGACUUCGCCAAAAAGAAAGUGAAUAAAUAGUGUAAAGAUUGGGCUCCGAGUCCUUUGUCCUUGUUCAGAUGCUUGUUUCCAAGUUCCAACCGGUUGCCUUUCUUUCUUGGACUUGAUCUCUUUUUCUUCAUUUCUAAUCAACUUAAAGAUAUAUU